CGCGGCAGAUACCAAAUCAACGGUUCAAAUAAUCACUCCCUCAUCCAAUCUAAUGGCUCAAAACCCGUCCACCCAAAGAAACACUUAUCUACUAACAACGGCCUACAACGUUCCACGUGUCCACCAGAUAAAGCCUUAUUAACCCACUCAAUCCAACGGACAUCAUGCUCAUUCCAUUCCCUCCAUCUUCACUCCUCGCCGGACCAGCCGCCACAACUCACCGUCCACCGUCAAACUCCAAACACCGCACUCCGUUCCGUUCCAUAAUUGAAUGCUUCGAAAUCGUAAUCAGAAUUCUUCUGAAACCACGAAAUCGAAGGAAUUAUAAUUUUUCAGUGAGUGAAUGGCUGAUUCUGACAACGAAUCGGGAGGAACACAGAACGCCGGGAACAGCGAGUUAUCACCUCGUGAACAGGACCGAUUUCUACCGAUAGCGAACGUGAGUAGAAUAAUGAAAAAGGCGUUACCGGCGAACGCGAAGAUCUCGAAAGACGCGAAAGAAACUGUACAGGAAUGUGUAUCGGAGUUCAUAAGCUUCAUCACCGGCGAAGCCUCCGAUAAGUGUCAGAGGGAGAAACGAAAGACGAUCAACGGAGACGAUCUACUUUGGGCGAUGACUACGCUAGGGUUCGAGGAGUAUGUUGAACCUCUGAAGAUUUAUCUUCAACGAUUCAGAGAGAUCGAAGGUGAGAAAACCGUUGCUGCAGCACGUGACAAGGACGUGGCUCCUCCUUCUUCUUCUUCGUCUUCGGUUUACGACUAUGGUGCUUCGCAGGUUGGAAUGAUCAUGCAUCAUCAACAUCAGGGACACGUGUACGGUUCUGGUGGUUUUCAUCAAGUGCCUGUAACUGGUUCACCUGUUAUGGGUAAUAAGGGUGGUGGGCCCGGUUAUCCUAAUCCUGGAUCUAAUGCGGGUAGACCCAGGUAGAUUUGGUGUGGACAAGUUUUUUUUUUUAGUGUUAAUUCUAAUUUAAAAAAAAAAUUAUAAGAUGUUGAAGAGUCUUGGACUCAUAAUUGUGGAGCAUUACGCAAAAGUGGGAAUUUUAGUUUUUUUGAUUAUUAAAUUAGUGAUGAUUGGCAGACACACUAAGUAACCCUCGGAGUGAAGACGAAAGUGGGUUAGCAGUUGUAUUGCAAAAUGUUGUUGUACCAUACAAAUCAACAAUCCUUUCUCUGCUUUUUGUACUUUUUUUAUGUUUAUUUUUAAUGUUAAUUGAUUGAUUAUAGUGGCUAGUGCUAUACUGAUUGUUUCAACUGUUAUACUAAUUGUAUCAAA